AUGGAUGCAGGAAGUACAAGUAAGAGCAGACUAAAUAGAAAAGGCAGCGGCCGUAGAAGGAUUGAGAUCAAAAAAAUUGAGAACCAACGCCGACGUUGGGUAGCUUUUUCCAAACGUAAGAAGGGUUUACUAAAGAAAGCUGCCCAGCUCUCGAUGCUGACUGGGGACGAAAUCGGCGUCAUCAUAAUUUCAGAGCAAGGAAGGGUUUAUACUUCUGAUAACGCUGAUGCUGUUAUCCAUCAGUAUCUGUCCAUCAAAUAUGAUGGACAAGAUGAUAAUGAUACGAUGGAUGAUGAGGAGAAAGAGCGUGGAAAAGGGGUUAUGGAAGAUGGGUUUUGGAGGAGACAACCGGUUGAUGUUCAGAAGAUCGAUGAUGGGAAACAGAAUUUGCAAGAGAUUAAACUAUUUGGAGAGGCUUUGGUAGAUUUGAAGAAGAAUGUAGUGGAAGGAAUGGAGGAGAUAAAGGGUAAGGAGUAUUUAUUUGAUCUGAACAAAACUCCUGAUGAGCAGUUUUGUUGA